AUGUGGAGGAAUGAACCGGUGGUCGCAGUUGGCGAUAAUGCCGUUCUGCUCCUCGACAGUAAAGGUCGAGUAGAGCGGGAACUGUCAAAGGAGGGCCUACGGUGCACAACCAACGCCGUAGCGGCAGCGGCAAAUCUCGUCUGCGUUGCUACCAGCGACAAAGCCAAGAUAACAUUUAUAUCGGAAUCGCAGAGCUACAAGGUCUCCGUCCCUGAGCUGAUCACGGCUGUUGCCUUCUCCAGAUGCGGAGAAGUACUCUACGCAGGUUCGAACACAGGCAGGCUUUACGUCUGGCAGAUUCGCACCGGCACCCUGGUGAAGAACAAGCAGGUCUUCUUCAAUGCGGUGACUGACGCCAAGGUCGACUUCGCUAACACCACCAUCUUGCUUGCGGCACAAAACGGCGAUCUUGCGCUUAUCAGACUUGUCGAGUUAUUCCUCAAGGACGCCAAUGGCACGCUGUACCUGGGGCACUCCACGGCCGUCACUGGCAUCGCAAACCUCAUGCAAGGACCCUACAAGAAUACGGUGUCGUUCGUAUCGGUAUCGCGUGACAAGAACAUAAGGUUUUGGCACCACUCCAAACGCACCUCGACACAGUCGCACUUCCUGGAGCACACGCCCUUAGCCGUCGUACCGAGCAGGACAGGAACUCGUGUAUUCGUGCCUUGCGAGAUGGGGCAUGUUGUCGUAGUAUCAAUCGCGAACUUCGACGAUACCUUUGUGCUCUCAGGCCAUGUGUAG